ACCGUGUUCACUUUCUUAAGCUGCGUAAGCUUUAUAGGGCUGCUCAAUUUAUUUAUUUCCACCUCAUCAUUGCGCCUUCUAUUGUCUGAGAAGGAAAAUAUACUGCUUCGAUGCCGUCAUGGCAUUAUUAAGCCAAUUGACAGCUUUGCUGUCUUUUCUUUUUCUUUCCUUAUUUGCUUUGCCGUCAUUCGGUGAAGCUCAGAACGAAGGUGUGCUCAAUGCUGAGAUCGGCCGCUUGAACAACCAAAGUCUACUAUGGGGUCCUUACCGCCCUAAUUUGUAUUUUGGUGUGAGGCCUAGAGUACCCAAGAGCUUAACAACCGGUCUUAUGUGGGCCAAAGUUGAUAACUAUGUUGAUGUUCAGAAUAGCUUCCGUUACACUUGCGAGCAGAAUGAGGGAAUGGCCGGUUAUGGAUGGGAUGAGUAUGAUACUCGAAAGGGUGGCGUCCAGCAUGUUCACGAUGCUGGAAACAAGAUUGACAUCACUACUGAGUUCGUCAAAAUCCCUGGUGGUGGUCAUGGUGGAAGUUGGGCCGCCCGCAUCAAAGGUGAACCUCGAGAGGAUGCUCCUUCAGACCUCAAGACCACUGUUCUAUUCUACCUAGCUUCCGAGGCCCUUGGCGAAACUAUUGAGGUCGUCAACGAUGGAGAUGACACCGGAUUCAGUGAUGACGUGGCCUUUAUCGGCUCGUCUGUGGUUCUAGGGGACUACAAGUUAGUCAUUACUAAGGGCAGAGGCGAACAUCCCAACAGCGGUCACCCUAUAUCGAGUACGAGAGACCUCGACAAGACGAUCGUACAAUCGAUAACUCUACCCGAAGAGCACUUAUGGCAGGCCAAGCAAUUGCUAUUCCAGCAGCUCAAGGCGGGCGUCGACGAAAUCAUUCAGGAGUAUGGAGCCGACAACGCGCCACCCCCGUGGCAAGUGUAUCAGCUUGGAAACAAGCCCGGCAUCGGUAACAUACACUUUGUCCAGAAGGUAUUCGAGGGAGCCUUCGAAUUCGAUAUUCUAUUUUCGAGUGGUUCAGCCAGCAAGGAAACUACUAGCGAGGAUCUAACUCGAGAGAUCAAGUCAACUACUGAAGCUUUUAACGAGCGAUUCACCGACGUUUUCGCGCCACAAGCCCCGUUUAAUAAGGAUAAAUAUGGCAAGUUUGGACGAAGCAUGCUUUCUAACCUUGCUGGAGGCAUUGGAUAUUUCUACGGAAAGCACGUCGUUGACCGGUCGUACGCACCCGAAUAUGACGAAGAAAACGAAGGGUUCUGGGAAGAGACCGCCGAAGCUCGCGCUCGCAGACAGGAGCAGCUUGAGGGACCAUACGAGUUGUUUUCGAGUAUUCCGUCCAGGCCAUUCUUCCCACGUGGAUUUCUAUGGGAUGAAGGCUUCCAUCUUCUUCCCAUUGUCGACUGGGAUAUCGAUCUGACUCUCGAAAUUGUGAAGAGUUGGUACAAUUUAAUGGAUGAAGAUGGCUGGAUUGCCCGAGAGCAGAUUCUCGGUGAAGAAGCCCGAAGCAAGGUACCGCCUGAAUUCCAGGUCCAGUACCCCCACUAUGCCAACCCGCCGACGCUGUACCUAGUCCUUGAGCAAUUCACGGAGAGAUUACAAAAGACGAAUGGAAGCCAGGUUGCGGGUAAAAAAGAACAUUUGUCGCAAGAUACCGUCCUUGGGAGCGCCCAUGCGGAUAACCCGGAACUAGGUAUAGAGUACCUUCGCAACUUAUAUCCUCUGUUGCGACGACAGUUCCUGUGGUUCAAGAAGACCCAAUUUGGUGAUAUCAAGGGGUAUGAUCGGGAGGCGUACUCGACAAAGGAAGGCUACCGAUGGCGAGGACGAUCCGUUCAGCACAUUCUGACAAGUGGUCUUGAUGACUACCCCCGUCCUCAACCACCGCAUCCUGGUGAGCUACAUGUCGACUUGAUAUCUUGGAUAGGCAUGAUGGCACGAGCAUUGGCGAAGAUCGCCGACUUCGUUGGUCUUCCAGGAGAUGUACAGGAGUACAACCAUGUCUUAGACGGCAUAACACAUAACCUAGUUGACCUUCACUGGUCCGAAUCCGCGGGCUGCUUCUGUGACGCUACCAUCGACGAAUUUGAGGAGCACUCUCUAGUGUGCCACAAGGGAUACAUCUCUCUAUUCCCAUUCCUCAUGGGCCUAUUACAGCCCGACGACCCCAAGCUUGGGAAGACUCUUGACCUCCUAGGAAACGAAGAGGAGCUCUUCAGUCCCCACGGUAUCAGGAGUUUAAGCCAGAAGUCUGAAUUCUAUGGUACAGAUGAGAACUACUGGAGAAGCCCCGUAUGGAUUAACAUCAACUACCUUGCCAUCGUGCAACUCCGAAACUACGUUCUUCAACCAGGUCCCUACUCUCACAAAGCCAAGGACCUAUACGUCAAACUACGCAAGAAUAUCGUCGAAACCGUAUACCAGAGCUGGGAAGAGACUGGCUUCGCAUGGGAGCAGUAUAACCCAGAAACCGGUAAGGGCCAGCGAACGCAACACUUCACAGGUUGGACCAGUCUGGUUGUCAAGAUCAUGGCAAUGGAUGAUUUGAGCUGGUGGACCGGUAGCCACGCGCGGGAUGAGCUAUGAAUAGUACUCACAGGUUUGAGGUGUAUAAAUGAGGUUGAGGGGUAAUUGGUGAAAAAGGGAUCACUAAGAUAGGUCCCCAUGGUAAUGUCCAGAUUACGUAGAUAACGCCAAAAUGAAUGAAAAUUGAUUCAUGAAUGACAAUAGAAACGAUGAUUUAUUUUGAAAU